AUGGUGACCUUCGUCGCAGCUGUUGCGCUCUUCGCCUCGGUGGUUCUUGCGCAGGAUCCUGGAUCUCUUCCGACAUGCGGUCAAAACUGUGUCUCGUCUAUGACUGGUCAAUUUGCAGCCCUUGGUUGUUCCAGUUCGUCUGAUGUCAGUUGUCUUUGCGCCAACCCAAACUUCGGCUAUGGUGUUCGCGACUGCUCCACAGAAUCUUGCCCCCCAGGCACCGAUGUCUCCAUCAUCACCGGAUUCGCUGCCGAGUACUGCUCAGGCCCUGCUGCAUCAUCCGGCUCAUUCUCUAAUCCGGGCAUUGCUGCCACUGCAGCGACUGCGUCUGGCACUGUUAGCAACCCUGCGGAAACUGCGACCAGCACAUCAAGCUCUGGGGAAAGUGAAGAAUCUACCACCGUCACCUCGACUGAAACUGUGCCAGCGGCUGGUGCAAUUACCACUUCGGAGAUCGUUUCCACCAUCACCACCGAUGGCAGUACAAUCACCACUACCAUCGGAAGCACGACUAUCUUCUCUAGCGGUGCCGAGGGCAAUGCCACUGACGCCGCUGGUGCAGCUUCAAGCACUGCUUCUGAUGCCGCUGCCUCUGCUAGCUCAGAGAUUAGCUCUGCUGCUUCGUCUGCCUCUGAUGCCAUCUCUAGCGCCACUUCCCGCCUGUCCUCUGCCCUCCGCACCGCAACAUCAUCUGAAGGUGCUUCCAGUACCGAGGCUGCAGGCGCCAGCUCGGCCGCUUCUGGUGCCGCCUAUCCGAUGGCUACCGUUGCUGUCAACGGCAUGGCUGGUAUUGCCGGUCUGGCUGCUCUGCUUGCACUGUGA